UUACAUUUGAAAGUUAUCGCUAUUUCUCAUCAAACUUGCGUGCAGAGUCUCUCUCAACUGUCGCUGGCUUGCCGCAUCUCCACCACUUCGUUUCAGAGCCCAUCGCAGUUUAAAGGUAUGGCACGGACGUUUACUACUGAUGGAAAAGCGUGUGUUAGGCCUACCGCUUCUACCCAACAACUUCACGACAAACAAGUCACUUCUUCAAAGAAUGGGCGUGUUAGGCCUACCGCGUCUACACGUCGACUUCACGACAAACAAGUAACUUCUUCAAAGAAGGAGCUUGUCAAUAUGCUGCCUCGUGAAGCCUACGAGCCACAUCAUGUAGUCAAUGAGCCACGUCAGGAACUAGACGAGCCACAUCAGGAUAUAAGAGCUGAUAGUGUGGAGGUACAUGGAUAUCCCGGUGGCCCCAAAGACUGUUCUAUUCUAAAGUCAUAUGGGGACCAUGUGGCUAGACAAAUUUGGGAAGGAAAGGAUCGAGGGGAGUUAAGGAUCUUCAAUAACGGAAAAAAGAUGAAUGGAGCUACCCUUCAACACAACGAGGUUCAACGAUUAGUUGAGGGGUCUGGACUACUACCUUUGUUGAAAUGCAGCCAUGAGUUGAUCGACAAAGGGCUCAUUUCUGCUUUCGUUGAGAGGUGGCACCAGGACACCAAUAGUUUUCAUUUGCCGGUCGACUGUUACCUUGGAUGACGUGUCGUCAUUGUUACAUAUACCUAUCACGGGGGCAUUCAUCAAUGUCAAUGUCUUUGACAGGGACCAAUCUGCAAGACUAUUAAGAGAACUAUUGGGAGUAUCCAUACAAUUCGCUAAAGAAGAGUUUGCUGUAACACAUGCAUCACAGGUUCGUUACUCUUGGUUGUUAGAUCUGUAUAAUCAGCGUUGUGAACAGCAGCGUUGGGUGGAGGCUGCGAGAGCUUUUUUAUUAUGUCUGGUUGGGUGCACGCUAUUUAGUGACAAGAGUACAUUCGUUGUAAACGUUGCAUAUUUGGAGUUUUUCCGUGACCUCGAUAGUUGUGGAGGAUAUGCAUGGGGUGUUGCUGCCCUAGCCCAUCUGUAUGACAACUUACGCUAUGCAAGUUUUCAUCACAUGAAAUCAAUUUCUGGUUACCUAACACUUAUACAGGCAUGGGUUUACGAACACUUUCCUACGUUAUGCACUAAUUGUUGUAAAAUGCGGCCAGAUUAUAAAGAACAACUACCCCGAUCUAUUAAGUGGAAGACGAAGAGAGAUAAAGGCCUGGUGAUCCCUUUUAGACAGGCUCUUGAUAAUAUUACCGUUGAUCAAGUUUGUUGGACUCCCUACGUUGCACACAGAGAUGUCCGACCAUUGAACGAGGUAUCUCUUUAUAGAGGUUGGAUCAGGUGGGGUUCUAAGAUGUAUGCACAUCUUCCUGAUAGGGUACUUCGUCAAUAUGGACACGUACAAAGUAUUCCUUUGUCACCCAACGAUGUCACAGGUCAUUCGACGACUUUAGAGCGUAUGGAUGUGAUGUUCACGCAGUAUGCCAUUAAUGUGGUUGAUCCCGAUCUUGUUUCAAAUGACCCGUCAGCAUGUGUUGACGGGUAUAUGGAUUGGUUUCGUAUGAUCUCUCAUCCUUACCUCAUACGACGAGAUCCAAACCCACUUGUUGAAGGACUGACUGCAGAUGCAACAUCAUUGCUGAGGGCCAGGCAGAUUGUCAAUACGCUUCUUGACAAACAAUAUAUUGCACCUAAUGGGAUCCCUCUUGUGAAUGAGUUAAUGAAAUUGUUAACUACAGAGAAAGGUGUAGAGCCAUCCAAGAGGAACAAGAAGAAAAGAAGACUUAGAUAGACUCAAUGACUUUAUGCAUUUCACUAGAAUUGCAAUUUUAUUUACUUUUUUUUUUGUAACAAUUUUUUUUUUAUUUACUUUGAAUACAAGUGUAACUUUAUGCAUUUAACUGGCAUGCAAUUUUAUGUAUUUUGAAUAUA